GACACACAAUCACAUGUAAAUCACAACAGUGUAAAUUUAUCAGUGGAAAGUGAGUUUAAUAACGAAUGAUCUUUCAGUGUCUUUGCUGCAAGACUAAACAUGAAUAAACUUGUUUGAUUCUCAGAGCUGGGUAUGAGCCUUGAGGCAAACCAAACUGGUUUGUUUCUGGCAAAGUGAAUCAGGAAUGAGGAGGAGAAAAAAAAAAAAAAACAGAAGAGUCUGCUUCUCGGCUGUGGAGCUGCCAUUUACGGAGAGUCGCCUUGCUGCAGCUUCAGCCUAUAUACCAAGCUGCUUCUCAGAUUACAGUUGGUCCCGCCCCCUCGGCACACAGCUUAAGCCAGUGGUGAGGCUGCUUUUCAGCAUGGAGGCGUUGCUUUCAGGCUUAACCGCCUGGUUGCCUAGGGAACCGGGCAGCAGAGACAGACGGAUUGGGGAAAAGAAAGCGUUUCCAGGUCAGCUCAAACAUGGAGAGAGGAGCAGAGAGACAAAGAGGAGGUGAUAGGGAGGUGGCAGAGGAAAAAGGCUCGGUGGAGAGGCAGUGGGGGGAGGCAGAGGUGCUGGCUCUCAUGUCAGUGUGGGACGAGGUGGGAGCUCAGCACGUAGCUGAGAGCAGAACCACAUUUGAGUUGAUUUCAGAGCGUCUGAGGAGGCUCAGUGUUGUGCGCAGCUGGUGGGAGUGUCAGGCCAAGUGCAGAAGCCUGGGACUUCAGAGCAGGAAGCCUGACGCAGCAGCAGGCACUUCAGCAAACUACAGCCCAGGAGUGGAUGGAAGGCCAGUGGAGAGCUGGGAGGAAGAGGUGGAAGAUGUGGGUAAUCAAAGAGGAGUCUACCCUUCCUCAGUCACUAUCCCAAUGCAGGAAGGUAAAUGUAUCAAGAGUCUCAUCCAUCGGGCUCUCCCUUACACUGCGAGCGUGGCUGAGGAGGGGGGCCGCCACUGGACGGACGACGAGGUGCGGGCACUGUUGUGCGUCUGGGCUGACCGGCGCAUUCGAGAGCGCUUGAAGUGCACACUACGCAACAAAUCAAUCUUCCAGGAGAUGGCCCGUCAGAUGCAGAGAAACUUUGGGGUGGUGCGCAACUGGAAACAGUGUCGGACUAAAUACAAGAACUUGAAAUACGAUUACAAGACUGCUAAAAGCGCACACGCUGUUGGAGGCAGCGCCGCAGGAGGCCCGGGGAAGUACAUGAAGUUCUUCGAUGAGGUGGAAGCCAUCCUGCUGGACCGGGGACUGGAAAAUGGGACCAUGGAGAUGCAGAAGAGGUUGUAUGAUGGAGAAACGGGAGCAGGGAGGCUGCAGACAACAGCCUCAGAAAAUGAAGUUGUCAUUGAAAUUGAUGAUGAUGACAACAGUGAUGAUUAUGACAUGGACGGAGACGUGGAAGCAAAAUGGAGAGCAACAGACGCCCAUCUGACACUCACAGAUCCAUCCAGCUCUGACCAGUUCCACGUGGUCACGGUGUCGGACACAGGCCGAAACUGGAGCGACCAGGAGGUGCGAGCGCUCAUCCAAGUCUGGUCGGACGAGCGUGUGUGCAGGCAGCUGGAGAGCUCAACUAGAAAGAGAGACAUCUUUGUCCAGAUCUCCAACAGGUUGAUGCAGCAGGGCAUUGAACGCGACUGGAAGCAGUGCCACACCAAGUACAAAAACCUCAAGUACCUUUACCGUUCCCUUCAAAGAGGAAAGAGCGACGAAGCCGACCCCAGGCGCCUUAUGAGGUUCUAUGACGAGGUGGAUGCCAUUAUGAAUCGCAAAACAAACGGCUCGUCACAUGACACAGGAGCUGCAGAUCAACAAGCAGAUUCAAGCAGACUUGAGGUGUUGGAGGGCUGUGAGGAGAACGAACGCGUAGAUGUCUAUUUGAAAAAGCAGAACACAGUGACCACAGGGGCGGGAGCAGCCGAGGACAAAACCUGUAGUUCUGACUCUGUCUCGGAUGGGACAGCAAGCAAUGAAGAGCUGAGGCUGCAUGGAGACCAACAGCACACAUUAAUGAGCGCCUCUGAAGCUCGGGUAAAGAGAGAGGACGUCUCUUCAGCAAACAGAAGGAUGAAGAGGAAAGCUGUGGAUCAAGACCCCACAGUCCAGACACCAGUUAAAAAGCUGGACACUGGCUCUGAUAAGGUGGAGGCCCAGUGUAAAGAGGAGCAGGAUCCCAUCCCGAUAAUGAAGAUCAAUUCAGUCUGUUCAAUCGCCUCACCCGACCCAUCCCCAGAGAGAGAGGUAAUAUCUACUAAUCCCAUGUGAUAAAACAUUGUGCAAUCAAGGUGAACUGAAGAAAUAACAGGGCGUAAGAGUCCAGAGGACCUUUAUUAUUCCUGCCUGUUAGGAAAGCAUGAGUUUCAUCUUUUAAAGCUACAACCUCUAGUCAAUAAAUCAAUUAGUUUAGUGACAGAAAAUCAAUCAACUAUUUCAAUAACGGUCACUUUUCAAGCAAAAAAAGUCACAAUUUGAUGCAAUUAAACAAGCAAUUUGAGUAUUUGUUACUGGGCUAUUGUUGGGGUUAAUGCUGAAGCAGAUUAAUCAAUAAUUAAAGGAGCAGUGUGUAAGAUUUAGGGGGAUUCAGUGGCAGGAGGUUUUUACCGGGAGUCAAAUUAUCUGCAGGUCUCUUCCUCCUGGAAAUAACAUAUUAGAAUUCUUAAUUUAGGUGGUGUUCCCCUUUAAUUUGGGGGAACUGUAAUGCAUUAUUACUUUUUGGUAUUUGUUGUAUUUGUUGUUGCUCAUAAAAACCUCUUUUCUUAACUGUUAGUGUUCCCCAGUUCUCCUGGGCUGUGGUUAAUAAGCAGGCUACAACACUUGUCUCCUCCUCUUUGUUUAAUUUUCUGCAAGACAGUACUACACAUCCCAACUUAGGGGUACAGCAACUUCUCUUCACUGUAAAGCCCAAAGCACUCUCUCUCUCAUGUAUCACUCAUACCUGUCCCCACAAAACAAGCACAGGUAGGAGCCAAUUAGCUCAUAACCAAGGGAACACAAUGACUCCACUUAAACACUGAGCACGAAAAUACAAAUGAAAUAUACAAAGUCCUAUACGUGACAACGAAAUAAUAAUUUACCAGUAGCUCAAUAUUGCAGAAUCUGUUAGUGCUGAAAUAUAAAUAAUGCACCCAUUUAUAAAUAACGCAGUAACUUAUCCCUUUGAAACCUGGAGUUUUUGUGCUGCUUUCAGAUGCACCUUUGAAUCCUGAGCAAAUUGGUUUGGUUUCUUUCGUAACAAGGGGAAAAAGGCACUAAGCAGUUUGGUAAGAAACGUCCUAUGAAUUGCUGAAAAAAAAAUAGACAUUGAAUGUUAAUUCUAAAAAAAAAAAAUGGGAGAAAAGACAAAAAGCUAGGGAAAAUAUAUAUUUAUAAUUACUAUAAUUUUUACAAUUUAAAAUUAUGUCACAAAAUUAUUAUUUUUCAGCACUCUUCGGGUGUUUUUUGUUUAUUUUUAACUUUCUUUUUUACUAAUUUUCUUGUAUUUAAUUUUCUCUUUUUACUCAUUUCUUUUUCAAAUUUUUUGGUUAAUUUCUUCUUUCAUUGUUCAUUGCCUUCUUCCCAUGUUUUUUUUUAAUUUAUUUAUUUUUAUAAAUGAGAAGAUAUUGGAAAAAUGUGCACCAAACUGUAUUUAUAAUUAUCAGAAAUAUAUUUUUAAAAUUAUGUUACAAAUUCGUUGUUAUUUUUAAGCAUUUUUCAGGUUUCAUUUUUAUUAUUUAUUUACUAAUUUUCAGGUUAUUUUUUUGUAACAAUUUUUUUCGGCCAUUUCUUCCUAAGUUGCUCAUCGCCUCCUUCCCAAAGAAAUCAAGUCACUUUGCUCAUGUUUCAAAGGGUUAAGUAGUAAAAAAAGAAUCCCAAAUUAUAACGUGUGCAGUAAUUAUGGUCACAUAAGGACUCUGUAGCUGCAGACUAAUUGUUGUCACAUUUUUGUUCUCAGCACAGUGUCACAGCAAAACAAUGCUGCUUCCAGUCAGAUUGGAUUGAACAGUCCUGCAGAUACUUGUGACAAAACAUGCAAAACUUUGACUUUUUUUUUUUAGUGUUAAGUUAAAUUUCAAACAAAAUAAAAAGUUGUUUUUAGCCCACUUCAGGAGAACUCUUUGGGCUUGAUAUCUGCACAGUAGCUUUUGGUUGCACGGUUGGUGCCGGACACCCCAUGACAGUUAAAAGAGGACACACACACACACACACACACACACACACACACACACACACACACACACACACACACACACACAC